AUUUGAUUUUCGUAAUCUGGCAGCAUUGUAUCUCGUUUGUCAUCUCGCUCACUCCUUUUCACUUUAGCGAGGCAAAAUUUGUCACAUUUCUUUGGCAAAAUUUGCAGUUUGUGAUUAAUCAUUUUAACAUCGUCGGGAACGUCAAAAGUUUAGCUCACACACCAAACAGAGUAAACAACUAAAUUAGGAAGCAAGAUGCCAAAAAAUAAGGGAAAAGGUGGCAAAAAUCGUCGUCGUGGUAAGAACGAAAACGAAUUCGAGAAGCGUGAGCUGAUCUUCAAGGAGGAUCAACAGGAAUACGCGCAAGUGACCAAAAUGCUGGGCAAUGGUCGCUUGGAGGCAAUGUGCUUUGAUGGCGUCAAACGUCUGUGUCACAUACGGGGGAAACUUCGUAAGAAGGUAUGGAUCAAUCAGGGCGACAUCAUAUUGGUUGGCUUGCGUGAUUAUCAGGACUCAAAAGCUGAUGUCAUCUUGAAGUACACACCUGAUGAGGCCAGAAAUCUUAAAACUUAUGGCGAAUUCCCAGAAUCGGUGCGCAUCAAUGAGACUGUCACAUUCGUCGAGGACGGCUUCGAUGAGGACAUUGAGUUUGGUGAUGAGAUAAGCUCUGAGGAUGAUGCUGAUUCCGUUGAUAAUAUCUGAUUAGCAAAACAAGAAAACAACAGUAAUAACAACAAUAGUAGCGGCAACAACAAUACCCAACAGCAAAAAAAACAUCAGCAGCUGUGUCAGUUCAAGAGUAGAGAAUUAAACAAAUUUGUAUAAAGCCGGCAACCCUCUUCCUUUCCCCCCUAUAAAAUCCUUUCAGCAGACAAACAAGAUAUAUUAUUUUAUUAAUUGCCAAGUGCGGCGCAUUGACAUCUGGAGGCAAGAUGAUAACACUUUUUACAGCUUAUACGUUGUUUAUUUUCCAUAAUUUUCAACUUUUCAUUCGGAUGCCCAAGAGCCGAACCUUUGAUUCCAAAAUUCAAGCUGUUAGCUUUACAGCCGCAAUGUUCAAUAUUAUUAUAAUGUAAAAAAAAUACAAUGAUUGCGUUAUAUGAGGGGAUAUAGCGCGUAAACGCAAAACACAAUACAAAAAAAAUAUUAUUUCAAUUAAAAACAACAUAAAAAACGA